GCGCAGGCGUGACGCGGGGCUGCCAUUAUUGUGCCGAGCCGCCUCGGCGGAUCAAAGAGGCGCGUGAUUGGUCCGCGCCCGACAGAGAGCCGCCGAUCGCGCCUGUGCUUGAUCCACCGCGGAGCGCCGGCAGUUCGCCGUUCGGUCAGUUAAAACAAGUCGAGAGGAGACCCACUAGUGUUUAGCAAAGGGCGCCGCCGUCGACUGCUGUCGUGCGACGACGACGACGAUCGUAGUAGUAUGCGUAUUUCUCGUUCGGUGGUGUAGCGUAAACACGUGCUUAAAACAACGUUACUUGGGGACUUUGUCACUUUUUUUUUCUGUUUCUAUAUCGCGCGCGUCGGUGAUAAACAUCCAUUAACUUAGUUUAUAACAUAGUGCGUCGGUACACAAGGAUUGUUACUUCGCAGGACAACAAUUUCCCCGCGUGGAUAAUUUGAUAAUGAUCAUGAUGAGUGAAAAUCGGUGAAAUAUAAUAAGAUAGUGGUGUACUAGUACUAACAGGCGCGCUGUGAUGCAGCUGCGGCCGUUGUACCGUGUGUUGAAGUGAACCAUGCCACACGUCUCGUCGAGCGGAGGCGAUGAUCUCGGCAGCACCGAUGAGGUUAAGGUGUACAAGGACGAGGGGAUCGACGAAGACGAGAAGAGGUCCUCGGAGAACCUCACCGAGGAGAAGAGUAGCCUUAUCGACCUCACCGAGUCGGAGGAAAAAUCUGGAAAUUUCAACCCCUCUAGCAAAAAUGCUCAGCGACCCGACCACAGCCCCGUGUUUGGAAAAGUCGAACCCCACACAUCAUUCAACAUGGGUUAUCUCGUGUCACCUUACAGCUACGCCAAUGGAGGACCUGGACCCAUACCCGUUUCAAUGGCAGGAAAAAUGGGACUGGGUCCCGGCGGCCACCUGCCCGCGUACUUCUGCCCGAACGGGGACCCACUCUCGCAUCAGCCACCCCCCGCGCACAUGGGAAUCCCCCCCUACCAGUUGUCAGAGGCAGGGAAAGGGGCAGCGGCGGCGGGCGCGAUGGGUGAGUACGCAGCUGCUGGGGGGCAAGCGCCCCCGCCCCCUCACCAACCACACAGGCCCCUCAGUCCGGCCGAGUGGAGAAGGCUCGGGCCCCUGCUUGCCGCCACAGGACUUACAAGACCUCCUAUGUACCCCUUCUCUGCAAGUCAAUACCCCUAUCCCAUGCUUAGCCCGGAGAUGUCUGCACAGGUGGCAUCGUGGCACACUCCUAGUAUGUAUCCCCUGUCCCCGGGUGCGGGGUUCCGGAGCCCGUACCCGAGCGCCCUCGCGGGUCCCUCGGACUUCUACCGCUUCUCGCCGACGGGACUGAUCCAGCCUCAUCCGGGGCUGAGCCCCCACGCGCCCCACCUCGGCUCCCACCCGGCCAUCGUCACCCCCGGCCCCAAGCAAGAAUUACCUGAUAUCAAUAACAGGUACGGUACUCAGAUGUACUACAGGUCCCAAGAUCACAAAAACAACGUGGAUGGGAAAAACAACCAAGACAAUGAGAAAAAGAAGCCUCACAUCAAGAAACCCCUGAACGCUUUCAUGUUAUACAUGAAAGAAAUGAGAGCGAAGGUUGUAGCCGAGUGUACCCUGAAGGAGAGCGCCGCCAUUAACCAGAUUUUGGGAAGACGGUGGCACGCGCUGGGCCGCGAGGAGCAGGCCAAGUACUAUGAGAUGGCGCGUCGCGAACGUCAGCUGCACAUGCAGCUCUAUCCUGAUUGGUCGUCCCGCGCCAACGCCACUCGCGGCAAGAAGAGGAAGCGUAAGCAAGAUCCUCAAGAUGGAGGUAACAGCAUGAAAAAAUGCCGAGCAAGAUACGGUCUGGACCAACAAAGCCAGUGGUGCAAACCGUGCAGACGCAAGAAAAAAUGUAUACGCUACAUGGAAUCAGGAGGCGACAGCGGCAACGACGGUAACCAAUCAGAUGACAAUCUAGGCAGCUGCGGCAGUAUGGGAGACGCAAAUACGCCCCCGGACGAUGACAACGAGAGCCUCAAUCAGUCCAUGUCGAGUCCGGGGGGUCUGAGCGGUCUCAGCAGCCUCACUAGUCCCGGGGGCAUGGUACUACCCAGUCCCUCGACCAGCGUCGCCAGUCCAUCGGUGAGCGCACCUAGCCCUUACAUGCUUCAGAGUCCCCUGACGCCGCACCACGACAGUUUCGACGUGAAGCUGCCGCCGCCGCAGCUGCAUCUGCCAUCGCCCCAUCGGAACCCGGUGGGGACGAACCCGCACGAUAUAAACAAUCCCCUGAGCGUAAAUCAGCUGACUGGGCAGUGUGUCGGUAAUAAAGACAAUGGUAGUAAACAACAAGAAGCGGCCAGGUCGAUUAUAAGCGUUACGUAGCCACGGUGUGGUGGGUUCGGGGCUCCUAAUAAGGGUCGCGGGCCGCCUGCUGUGAAUUACGUUUCGGGUUGCGUCGCGCAUGUCUCAGAACCCCGGUCGGGGAUGGUUGAAAAGUCAACGAGAGCAGGUUUUUUGAAGGUUUUGUGGCUGUUUCAGAAGCGAGAGGCCUUUAUGAUGCUAUUUUCGUAUGUUGGCAUAUAAUAAUUGUACCAGAUUUUAUGCUUUAUAUAGUAUUUUAUAAAUUUAAUAUAUCCUCAGGUAUCAAAUCAAAUAUUUUGGAAUAAAUAUUUCUAAUUUUUAUAGCUUUUAGAAUUUUAAAAACAAACAUUUUAUUAAAAUUAAAGCCUAAAAACAUGAAAGUCUUCCUUUGCUUUUUAAUUGUAUUAUUAAUUUUGUGUGUAAGUUCAGGCAGUUAUUUUAAAAUAUUUCAAUAAUAAAAUUACACUGAUAAACAUCACAAAUGAUAUAAGUUACCUCAGAUACAAAGUAUAGAUAUUUAGAAUAAAUUAAUGUCUAUAAAGAUUUUAUAAAUAACUGUUCUCAGGAAUUGAUUCUGAAUAUUCUUAAAAAUACAUAAAAAAUAUAUUUGAGGAUAAUACCAUGAAGGCUUUGACAUUAAAUAAAAUGUAAUUUAGUAAAUCCCUAGCUAUUUAAUAAAAUUUAAUUGUUAAUAUUUAUAAUUCUAUUAAUGCAUUAACUAAUAAAGUGCCAAUCUAAAACGACUGACUGCAAAAGUUAUUAAUAAUAUUCUUGAGACUCAUAUUAAUCUAAAACAAGUUUUUUCCGAUAAGAAAAUAACUUUUUUUUUUAAAUAAUGAUGCAAAUAUGAUUAAUAUAUUUUGCCUUCUGGAGGUUAUAGAUUGGCUGCAGCGAGGUUCAAAUGAAUGUACUAAAUAGACGAAAACAUCUAUUAAAACCUUUGCUUUAUUAUUCCUCAUUACCUUUACCGUACAUUCUUCUCAAUUUUUAAAAAUGUACAAUCUUGCAUCUCGAUCGAAAUAUAUCAUUUUCGUUUACAAAUCGAUAUAAACUACUCUAAAUAUAUGAUUUACCUUUUUGUGGUUGUCUUUGCCUCACUCAGUUGGAUAUUUUUUUUCGGUUUAGUAUUGGUAAAAUAUUACGAAUUAAAAAAUUAAAUAACUUUUUAACCUAAAAAACUUCAAAUUUUGGUUUCAACUAAAAUGUUGAUGUUUUUUGGAUGAAGUUAAUAAUACUACGUAGAAAGAUCACCAAAAACAAAAAAGGGCAAAUGUGUUGAAACAAUUAUAAAGAAAGUUCCAGUUUGCACAAAGAAAUUGGUAACUUUUCAUCAAUUUCAUUAAUCAAAUAAAUAAAUACAAAAUACAGUAAGUCCAUUAAAUUGAUUAGAAUUGGAAAAAGGAUACUGUUGGAACUUAAGUCGAACUUAAUCAACAAUAAUAUAAAUAUAGAUUUAUGGAAAAAAUAAAUAGCACCAAUUCUGUAGCAAUAGUUCCACACUUAAAGUAAUGUUUGAACUUUACAACAAUGCAAAGUUUUUGAUAUAGUAAAAAAAACUUAAAAAUUUUUAAGGCUGACAAACAUAUUAUAUUUGAAUUUAACAAAUAUAAUAUUGACAUUGUCACAAUAUUAUUUCUUUUUGUUUAAUGCGAUUACUAAGAAUUUUACUUAUUAUGAAUAAAACAGAAAAUUAUGAAAGUAAAUUUUUUCCAUUCACUCUCUUGUAGACUACGAAACAAUAAUAAUUCUGCUUUAUAUUAUUUAUUUGCGAAAAAAGUUUCUUUAAAUACAAGCAGUACUAUAUAAAACAUGAAAUGUUUUAACAUAUUGAACUUUUCAGAAAAAAAACAGCGUAUAUCAUAUACCUCAAACCUUCAAAAUGUCCUCUCUCGCUUGCACGUGAAAACAAAAUCUCGCUAGAUCCUCGACCGUUUUCGUUCGAUCUCACUAGCCGUUCGCAUCGUGGCUGUUAAUGUAAGAACAAAUGAGUGCUGCCGAAGUUUAUUAAAAAAUUAUGAAUUUUUUACUAUGUAACAUAAAUGUCAUUUGCCAAAACCACCUCUUAUUAUUAAUUAUUAUUAUAUGUUUUUUUUUUGUAUUCUAUAGUUUUUAUAGGAGUUUCUGUUCUUUUUUUCUUGGGUUCAUUUCACGUUAGAGUACUUAAGUUUAUUUUUUAUUUUUGGGAUGACCUCGUUAGUUUGGGAUAAAAUAAAAAUUAUGUUAGUCAACAGCUCUCUUUAAAAGCUAUUUUAAAGGACAAUGUUAGGAGUCAUUAUCUUAAGAUAUUUAUAACACAAAAUAGGGAAUAAUUUGAAUAUUUUCAAAUGUUUUUUCUGAAUUUUAAAACUCACUAUAGAUUAUUAUUAUUCAUUUUGAAAAAUAUAACGAAUGGGACCAGCAAACCAAAAUAAAUAAAUGCAAUUUCUGCCUAACAAAUAUUUUUGUCUGUAAUAUCCCAAAAAAGUCGUAUAUUGCCUGUACUGUAAGACUCUCUGUACGUUUUUAGUGUCCUUGAAAUUUUAAGGAAAAUGUAAAAUUUUUAGUAUAUUUCUGUUUAAAAUUGACAAAGGCAUGGUAUAACGAUACAAAAUCUAAUAACAUUGAUUUUUUAAAAAUAUUGGAUUAUACAUUCAUAAUUGACCAAAAAAAAUUACCUCAAUAACACUUUCCCCUAAGACUACAACUUCCUAGUUUACAGUCUUUCUAAUAACCUCGUCUAAAAUUUCAGAAGACAUAAAUUUCUUUAUAUAUGUUAAUGCUAUAUCUAAUUACAUAUGAUGCUAAACAGUUCAAAUUAACUAUUAUGUAUGAUAUAAGAUAUACAUUUUAGCGCGUAUCAGAACAAAUUUUCGUCUGUUUAUUAUUUUUUAUUUAUUGUAAAAGAGCUUUUGGUACGGACCAAAAUUCUUGGGUUUUGUUUUUCGAAUCCACAAUUUUUUGCUUAUAGUAAAUAAAUCAACAAUUUUAUAGAACUUAAUAACAUAAAAACUGAAGAUUUUUAGUAUAAAGAAACAUUUUGUUAAAAAAAAAACGUUCUUAAGGCAAAAAUUGUUUAAAAACAAAUAAUUUUUUAAAUAUAUUUUUGCAGAAUGGUUAUCGAAAUUUUCUUCUGUUGCAGCAUAAGCUAUUGCAGUAUUUUCUUUGGAUAACAUGUAUUUAUAGAUAUUAAGAAUAUCUUUCCUUUCCAAUCAUUCAGAUUUCCGUAACUAAAUUUAUUAUAUUGAUUAAUGUAAUGUAAUGUAAUGUUUCCAUAAUUUAUUUUUAAUCAUCAUAAGAAUGAAAGAACAUCAAUUCAUAGAUUAAAUUGAGUGUUUCACAUAACAAUAAUGAUAAAACAGUUAAUUUAAAAAAUAUGCAAAAAAACGUUAUUUUAGAUUUUUCCAUGUAAACAUUAUGUUUACAUUUUUCCGUGUAUAACCUAAAAAUGUUUUGAAGUAGUCAAAGAACAAAUUGUGGUAAAUUAAAGCAAAAAGCAAAACUUAAGCCUUAGUUUCUAAGCAAUAGUGAGCUUUUAUUGAUAAUAAAAAUAUAGAUAUAUAACUGUUUUUUUCAAAUUUUUUGUGUUCUUCAUCAUAGGCAAACUUUUGCUAUAAUUCUUUUAAAAACUACAAGUUUAAGUUCUAUUGAAUAAUUUUUUUGGAAAUUUCUUGAGAUUGUGAUACCAAAUUAAAAAAUUAAUUUAUUUUAUCCCCAACGCGCGGACACGUCAGAUCUGUCAAAUAUAAUGUGCCACAUGACAUGGAGCAGUUGUUAUUUCACAAAUAUGUAGUUUCACGUGACUGCUUCUGAUAAAUAUAGAAAUGUUGCCAAACUUAUAAAUAUAGUAAUUUAUUUUAAUUUUUUUUUAUAUUUUCUUCACAAAAAUAUAUUUUGCAUGUACUUUAUUAAAUCUCUGUAAACUAUGUGCAUAAUAUUGACCUCUGUCAUCACCCACUUGUAAAUUGUUAAAAAUAAUAAAUCCUCGUAAUGUAAAAAAAUCCAAUUGUAAAUAGUUAAGAAAUGUUAAAUAAUAGUAACGAUAAGCAUAGCGGUAUAUAACGACUUUUUUUGUAAAAUAGUUUUUAUUUUGUCAUUAGCAAAAUUUUAUUUGUUAGUAAUUAGGUGCAAAAGAACGGUUCUGUAAUAUUGAUUUUUUUUUAAUUUGGGAACAAAUUGCAAUACGGAGCUUUAUUGCGGACAGAUGUUUUAAUUUUAUUAUAGUUUUUUUAUUAUAUUUUAGAUACAAAAUUACAUGUUUUGGGAAAAUACAGAUUAUCCACCAUACAUAUACAUAUGUAAUCUAUUAAUUCACAUUUACGGAAUAUUAGAGUAUUUUGGAAAAUGACAAGAAAAAUAAAAAAACAAAAUAAUUAAAUUGUGCUUUUAUGUUUUGUUUUUUUUUCGUUUAAUAAGAUAAAAUAGAAAGUUCUAGGGCAUAUUUUUCAAAAUUUUGCUAUUUAAGUACAAAUUUCGAAAAAACAUUACCCUUGACUUUCAAUUAAACUGGGUAAAAUUAAUUAACACUAUAAACAUUUCUUUGACUCUUGAGAGUUUUUGAUUAUUAAAGGAAUUUUUAUAAAGUAGAUUGAGCCAGACAUCUAAGUAAAACUGUGGACAAUAAUUAUAACUAUUUCAUAAUGUCAAAGUUACCUAAAAUAAACAUAUAAAUUCCCAAAAAUUCACUAUUAUCUUAUCACGACGUUCUUCUGAGCAAUUAUAAUAUGCGAUUUUUCUUCUGGUCGGAUUAGUCUUUUGUUGUUUCUUUAUUUUUUUCACGUCUCAUUCGAUUUUAUCCAAUUUCUUGAAGCACGUUUUUCCGUGUUCAAUUUUUUUUUCUAGAUUAUUUUGUCGUUUUCUUGAGUUUCUUGGUCAUAUUGGGGAGUGUUUUUUCUCUAACAGGAGUUCUUGAAAAUGUUUCCAAUUUGUGGUGCUUGACUUUUUCGCUUCUGAACCGUGAUUUGGAUGGAUUGUAAAGAGCAUCUAACGAGAUAUUAGCUAAGGAAUCAUGUUUAGAUAAUUUCUUACUUCUCUUGUAUUAGUUUUGUUCAUUAGCCAUUUUAUUGGAGAUUAAAUCUAUUAGAAAACUCAAUUUUGCAGUUGAGUGGCAUCAUAUUCUUGGUCAACAGGCGAUACUCUCAAUAACUCAAAGACAUAACGUCGCUUAAAAGCCAAUUCCAAGAAGUUUAUUACACAUAGAGACCUCCCUAAGAAAAAAGAAAAUCUAUCUAGAAUUCCUAAUGGCAAACCUCAUUGGCUGACUAAAUUUAAUACCUACUUCUCUUAUGGAUUAACCCUAUCAUAUAUAAUUAAGAUCUUUUCUGUUAUCAUUUUUUUAAGAUUAUGUCUAGAGGUCUUAUUUUAUUAAAUUGAUAUCCAAUUUUUAAUAGCAAUUAAAAUUCUAAAAUACGUGUGCAAAAUUUUGCGCGGAUUUUGCCCCACGUAAAAAUGAUUCAUUAUGUCUAUGAUAUUCGUUAUUAAAACGGAUUGUAUGUUAAAGAUUCAGUAAAAUGAUUUAGAUCCAUAAGAAAAUCACUGAAUAUAAGUCAUUCUUGCCGAGCAUUUUGUUCCAAUUUCUCACCAUUUUCCCCUUAUUUGGUAGCAUUCUAGUAAUUUAAAUAUAUUAAUUACACUCUUAGAGAAAGAAAACGCAUUACAAUCGUUACUAUUUAAUUAUUUGGUAAAGUAGCAGGUCCCAAAAAUUUGUCAUUAUUUUAAAGGACUUUAAUACUAAAAAAAUUAAAUAUUUUCCCAAAACAGGUCUCACCCAAUUGACUUUUUAGGAAUUAAUACGAAGCUACUAUAAUUAUUUAAUAAUUUUUUGUCCUAAAUAAAAAAUGAAAUACAUGUGAUAUUUUAUAUACUAUUUACUAAUAUCUAUUAUUAUUUUUUUGGUUUCCUCAGGUUGAUUUUUGCAUUUACUAUUGUUGGAAACUAACGAUUCCUCGAUAUUUACUGAAGGAAAGUUUAUACAAUUUUUUAGUUCCAUCACAACUUAGCUGUAUAAAUUUUGUCAAAAAUAUGUAAACCCUGAACGAACUAUACCUUAGGGUGCAAAUAAGUUUAAUUUACGAAACAAAAAUGUUAUUUAGAUUCUUGUGACACUUCACCCACCCCUUUAUAGAGAUUAUUGUGCCAUAAAUGAAUGUUUCCUCUACCCCCCUCCCCCACGAGAAUCGAAAAAUAUUUUCUAUUAUUUUUCCCACGUUAUUAUCAUGACUGCCUAGUUUUUAAAAUGUUUUUUAGAUUUUAUUUUUGAUUGGAACAGUGCAAUUAAUGUUUUUUUUUUAUUAAGUUGUGGGCGCUGCAAUGUUUUGAGUUAUACAGAAUAAAGGAGAAAAUUAGUUAAUCAAAACGACAUUUCUAAAAGAAUUGCUUGAGCCUAAACUUCAUGGUUUAAAUAUCGACAUUUUCGAAUAAUUUAAAGCAGAGAGAGUUCAAUUUUUUUGCUUAACUGUAUUUUUUAGAAAUGGUGUUUUGCAUGUUAGGCAGCUGUGUUUCGUAGCGAUUACUGUGAAUAUAUUUUGAUUAAAAAUGCUAUGGGGGGCUAUUUUAUAAAAAUACUCCCUUUGCUAAUGAGUAUAAAUAUAAUGUAUUGAAAAGUGAAGAAAAGCUCGAUAUAGAGUUAAUUAAUAAAAAAUAUAUAAUUACGUGUAUAAAUAUGGAAAUUAGAAUUUAAUAUUUAGGUGUUGAAUAUGAUCUUGUAAGUAGAAAUCUGUUCGUAACACCGUAAAAUAGGUUAGGAUUCAUUCAAUAUAAAAAAAUUAAAAAAUA